AAUAAAAAUACAAGCGGUGGUUUUGGAAAUUGGAACCACCUCCCACUACCUCGAUAUUUACGGAGCCCACCUUUGUCCCGUGUCUCCUGCGAGGCUGCGACUGCACCACACCCUGCGUACAGUGUCGCUGCUGUUCUCAAACGUGAGAAGUGCUUUUCUCUCCCAUUUCAGAAGCCCCAUUACUCGUUGCUCAUGUGAAGCAGCAGCAAUGGAGAGGCAAAGGAUCUUCUCCCUAAAGCCCAUGAAGCUCCUGGCUCUCUCCUUCACCGUCUCCUCCUCUCUCCUCUUCUGCUUCCUCUUCUCACUCUGGGUUUUUGAUGUCACCCCCUCGGGUCCCGCAGAAGCUCAUUUACAGUUCUUCGGAAGCUUCAAAUCCGCAAAAAAAGGUGCUUUUGCUGCUUCCAGAAGCGAUUUCUCUGGUAAUGCGACUAAAGGUCCUGCUUUGUGGGAAACCCAUGUUGCGGGAGUGGCUAAUUUCUCUAGGGAAGCUGUGGAUUCGACAGUGGAGGUGAAAGAUGCGAUCUUGGCACGAGCCCGUGUCAGGGGAGCGAGUGAUUUAUCUAAAAACGAAGUUGAUGAUGCAGUUGACAGUGAGAAAGAUGGGAUUUUUAAUGGUGCCCAUUUGGAAAGAGCCCAUGUUUCCUCUCAAGAAGCUACUGUAACUAACACAUCCAAAAGCACUUCUUCUGAAGCAGGAGAAUUGAUUAGCAGAGGAAGCCCCUAUGGUGCUUCUGGAGAAAGCACAAACCCAUUAGCGGAAAAGAUUGAGAGUAACAGCACAAAACAAUGUGACAUUUAUGAUGGAAAAUGGGUUUAUGAUGAUGAGAGCUAUCCUCUUUACAGGAGCAAAUCAUGCCCCUUUAUAGAUGAGGGGUUUAAUUGUGAGGCUAAUGGGAGAGUGGAUUUAGGGUUCAUGAAGUGGAGGUGGCAACCUCACCAUUGUAGCAUCCCAAGGUUCAACCCUGUGAAAAUGUUGGAGAUGAUUAGAGGGAAGAGACUUGUUUUUGUCGGAGAUUCGAUUAACCGAAACCAGUGGGAAUCCAUGAUGUGUUUGCUAUGGGGGACCGUAUCGGACCCUAGACGAGUUCAUGAAGCUCGCGGGCGGAGGAUCACGAAAGAGAAGGGGAACUACAACUUUAAGUUCUUGGAUUACAACUGCAGUGUCGAGUAUUACGUGACUCAUUUCUUGGUGCACGAGAGCAAGGCGAGAAUAGGGCUGCGGCGCGUUAAGACGUUGAGGAUUGAUGCUAUGGAUAGGAGUUCAUCAAGAUGGAGGGGAGCUGAUAUACUUGUAUUUAACACUGCACACUGGUGGUCUCACCACAAAACAAAAGCUGGAGUCAAUUACUAUCAGGAAGGAGACCGUGUUCACCCCCGCCUCGAUGUUUCUACCGCUUUCCGAAAAGCUUUAACAACUUGGGCGUCGUGGGUCGACCAACACGUUAAUCCACGCAAAACGCAAGUUUUCUUCAGAAGUUCUUCGCCGUCUCAUUUCAGCGGCGGCGAGUGGAAUUCGGGAGGGCACUGCAGAGAGAGCACCCGACCGUUGAAUGAGACUUCCGAGAGACAAGUUCCUCUCAGAAACUUGGUAUUGGAUCAAGUAGUAAAGCAAAUGAGAACCUCUGUAACUAUCCUCAACAUAACUAACUUAUCGGGGCUUAGAAUUGAUGGGCACCCAUCGAUAUACGGUAAGAAGUUUGAGAAAGUGCAGCAAUCGAGCAUUCAAGAUUGUAGCCAUUGGUGCCUCCCUGGAGUCCCAGACACAUGGAAUGAGCUCCUUUACUUCUAUCUAACAUCGCAUCACAAACCGAUUUUGGCGAGCUAGUUUAUGGGAUGAAAGCCUACUAACCUUGUCAUGUUAAUACCUCUGAAUUGUUCAUCUGUAUUUCUUUUCUUUUCUUCUUUUUUUUUCUUUUUUGUGUUGAGCCCCUAAUUGUUUUAUUUUAUUUUAUUUUAUUUUAUUCUUUUGUGUCUGCUUAUUUGAAUCUUACCUUGAGGCUAUUGGCAUGAUUGUGAGACUAAAUGUACAUGAUAUGAAAAAUAUCGGUAUUUUUUAAUA